AUGGCCCACUGUUCUCGUUGCUUGAUUCCUUGGGGUGCUAAUGAUGGAAUGUACAUGAUGGAAGUUGAUCGUGUUCUAAGACCAGAGCAACGCACCAUGUGUGAAUCCUCAGAUCCCGACGAUGUCUGGUACAAGAAAAUGGAGCCAUGUGUAACUCCAUCUUCAAAGUUUGAUGCGUCCGAGUGGAAGCCAUUUCCUGAUAGACUUAAAGUCGUGCCUUUCAGAGUAUCUAGUGGGGCUAUUUCUGGAGUCUCUCCACAGGAAUACCUGGAAGAUAGUCGGGCAUGGAAGAAGCAUGUAAAUGCUUAUAAGAGGAUAAACAAAAUCCUAGACACGGGGAGGUAUCGCAACAUUAUGGACAUGAAUGCUGGCAUGGGAGGUUUCACUGCAGCCCUUGAAUCUUCUAAAAUGUGGGUUAUGAACGUUGUGCCUACCAUUGCCGAGAAGAACACCUUGGGUGUUGUAUUCGAGCGUGCUUUUAUUGGCAUUUAUCAUGAUUGGUGUGAAGCUUUCUCUACAUACCCAAGGACGUAUGAUCUCAUUCACGCAAAUGGCCUCUUCAGCUUGUACAAGGACAAGCGCAAUAUGGAAGACAUUCUACUGUAG